AUGAGGAAACCCUUCUCACCAUCCAUCUCCCGAUCCCUCCUUCACCCGAUCCAUCGAUCCGUUCUACUCUCUUCCCCCAAAGUAAUCUCUCCUCUCUAUCCUUCCUCCAACGCUAGCAGAACUAUAACAAAGAUCGAUAACCGCCAAUUCUUCUCUUUACCGGACAUAAGUAAACUAGCCAACCUAGUACCAUCCGAUACUGACCCAUCUUCCACCGAUGGCCAACAACGAUUCCACACUCGUAAAAUCUUACCUUAUUCUCCUGAACAGCUUUACCAUUUAGUAUCAGACGUCAAGUUUUAUUCUUCUUUCAUACCGUUUUGCGUCGCAUCGAAUGUUCUACCUACUCCCAGUGGGAAAUCAGAAGAAAUGAAUAUGAAGAAAGAUAAACCUUUCGAUAUGGACGUUGAGCUCGUAGUGGGGUUUGGUGGUAUGGAAGAAAGGUUUAUUUCCAAAGUUUCCGGAAGACCAUUUGAGAGUAUUACGGCAACAGCAGCAGAUCAAUCACCUUUAUUCCAUAGUCUCAGCGCGACUUGGUCUUUCUCACCUGCUUCUCCUCUCUCACCACAUCUUUCCACUUCUCCGCCUCCCUCUGAACACCCCUCUACCUCCUCGGACCCCUCAUCUCAAUCAAGACCUACACUCCUCAGUAUAGAUUUAGCAUUCUCAUUCACAAACCCAUUACAUCGUAUUGCCUCUCAAGCUGUCUUACCUAAAGUCAGUGAGAAGAUGGUUGAAGCUUUCGAAAGACGUUGUAUGGAAGUUUAUGGUCCAGGAGUAUCGUAG